AUGUCUCGUCCAAGGCCUCCUUCCAAGGCUUUAGUCCCGUCUUCUGAUAAACCUCCAUUUAUUCCUUCUUUGGAACUAGUAACCCAAUACCAUCCAAUUGAAAUGAUUAACCGUUACCAAGUUCUUGGUAACAUUCCUAGACCUAAUUACUCUUCUGCUUUGGCUACUAAUCCUUUUGCUUCUCCCAGCCAAACAGUUUCAAUUACUCCAUUUCCUGCUAAUCCAAUCAGGUUUGCUCGAUCUGAUUAUGUUAAAUCAACCACCACUAACCUGUUCUUCAAAGAACCUAGUCACCCAAGAGUCAAGCUGUUCAUGAUCUUGCUAAAUCCUAUUUUGUUCACUCCUCACCGCAUUGUUGAAAUUGUUCAAGCUGAAUUCCCAAUUGAUCAAUGUGCUCUUACUCCUGUAAUAAUUAAAGCCCAGCAAAACCCAGUUGCUGUCAUUUCUCAAGGAAGCCCCAAUCUUCCUCCAAUCAACCUUGGAAGCCCCUCAUCUAGUGGUUCCAAGCCCAAAUCAUCCAAGUCAAAGUUUGCUUCAUCAUCUGAUAAAACAAAGUCCAAGGCUAAGUCCAAAGCUCCUGCAAUCUCGACUCAGCCCAAGACUCAAUCAAAGCCCAAAUCAGACAAAUCAAAGGUUGCUCCAUCCAAGCCCAAGGUCAAACCUGGAUCAGCCAGUGAUCAACUACUGCAGAUGGCCCGUCUCCUAAUGAAUCAGGCCCAAGCUCAAUUAAAAGAUGAUCCGUCUGAUGAUGAUCCUCCUACACCGGCCCAAAAGACCAGUUCAGAAGACAGUUUAGACAGUUCACAAGGAUCAACUAAUCAAGACCCAUAUGGACCAGAGUUGCAAGAUGCUCAGGAUCCAUAUUUUCUUCCUCAGCCUCCAAAGGACUUCUGCAAAAACUUCUAUCCUAGCAAGGAUUUCAAGAGGCUGUUGGGUCUGCCAGUUGAGCAGCGGAAAGCGCCUUUGCUGCUCAACUACAUCCCAACUUACAAGUCGGUACUACCCGACAACCCGAGAAAAAGCAAGUCUCCUCCUUCAGUAACAACUCCUGCUACAACUUCAUCACUUCAGCCAGAUCAGGGAUCAACCUCUGAUCCAGCAGAACAGCCAUCAACCUCGGCUCCACAACUAAUCCCACCUUCUCAAUGCAAACGCCGACGUCGAACUGUAGCCGCCAUCGAGAUGGGUUUUAAGAAGGCUGUAGUAGACGACCUUCUAGCCGACAUCCCCAACAUCAUCACCUUACAAUCUUCAUCAUCGCAAUCCCAGCCAAAACCAAAGCAAAAAAGACUGAAGAAAGCCCAAGCUAAGGCAACGGUAACUCAGAUUGAUUCUGAAGAUACCUUGCCAACAUCCAAGAUGGCCGAGGCAGAAAAAAGUGCCUCUGCCGCCGAAAAGAGGCCCGCAAAAGCUGCUCCCUCUGAAUCCACCCGGUCAAAGAAGCCAAGGUCAGAGUCAGCCACGACCUCGGGGUCCAUGAAAUCUAAUGCCCCCUGGGCCCCUCCAAUCACUAUUGAGGACAAGCCAGUCGGGGUCGGCGAUAGCACGACUGACCUUGAAGUCGGCAUCGCCCUCUCCACUGCCUUGCUCCUUCCAAAAGACCUCAAACGCAACACCGAGGUCAGCGAAUAUGAAAACUUCGCUUUGAUGUUGCAGCACUUCGCGAUCCAGCAUGCCCACUCCUUCACGAUGCAGGCUUUUAAUAUCAAGAAGGAGUUGGUCAACAAGACCAAGGAGGCUACUAGUUUGCUGAAGAUAGUCAAUAGAGUUGAGGCCAAGAUGAAGACUCUGAUGGAUCAGACAAGGCAGCAAGACGAGGCCGAGGAGAGGGCGGGAGCUGCUGAGGCCAUUGCCAAGGUCCUUGAGGCCGAGAAAAAAGAGGCCGAAGCAAAGAUCGCCGAAGCCCAGGCUAAGCUCAUUGCUGCCUUGGCCACAAAAGACGCCGAGAUCAAAGCGGCGGAUGAGAAGGCAUAUGCCGAGGGAACAGCCGACGUCAAAGAAGACUACAAGAAACAAGUGAAGCCGGCAUGCAACAAGGGUUUCACCCUUGGUUGGAUGGAUGCUCUGACGGAGUUGGCUGUCUUCGAGGACUUUCCUCUCAAGAAUGCUAGCAACCUCGUCCAGCCAUUUCCACCCACUCCAAGCCAAUCCGAGGACGAGGUUGAGUCUGAGGAGGAAGCUGAGGCCGAAAAGUCCGAGAAUGCUGUGGAUGCUAGGGCCAAGGUCUCAAAAAAUGCCACCCUUGAGAAGACAACAUCUGACGCACCUAUCGCCGAGAAGAGCAUCGACCAGACUCUCUAA